AUGGUAGCCAUCUCCGACGACAGCGAGGAGAGCCUCACCUACCGCAAGAACGACCAGGUGAACUUCUUCCACCCGCAGUUCGAGCUCUCGAGCGAGCACCAGCUCUUCUGGAUGGACCUCCGCCUCGGCACCGGGGACGGCCUGCUGAACGGCACCACGCCGCUGACGACGGACGUGGAUAUGAUCAUUACGAUGCACUCCUGGUACUUGAACGGGCCUGCCGACAACCAGACCGCCGUCUUCGAAGAGGUGGACAAGUACAUCGUCAACUCCUCGCAGUACUGCCCGGACGCGGACGCGGACUACUGCGACUUCUUCUUCCUCUUCACGCGCGACUUCGUGGACCACGAAAAGUUCUCCCUGGCGAUACAGUUCCCCGAUCCAGACGAGUACCUGGUCACCGUGGAGGAGGGCCGCGACCACUUCGGCCCGCUCUUCAGGGCCCAGAGCCGCGUAACGGCCAUCAACCCCGACUUCACGCGCUUCGAGAUCGCCUUCAAGUACGUGUGGCUGUUCACGACCAUGCUCGUGAUGUUCAGCCCCUGCGGUGUGGGCUUCAUGUCGGCCGUCAAGCGGCACCGCAGGGACACCGGGCUGGCCAAGACGUUCCACCAGAAGUGGACGAAGGCGCUGCUGUGGGCGCUGGUUUGGUUCGACGAACCGUUCGUGUGGGGCACCGUGUACACCGGUUGGGCCAAGGUGUUCUCCGCGGCCUACAUCCUGAGCGCCUCCAUCUUCGUCUUCCUGAUCCUGCUCUUCUGGCUGUGCUUCCUGAGCGACUUGCGCUGCAUGCAGAGCGAAGUCUGGAACGUCGAUCGGGGCAUGUGCUACUGGAUUCCAAAGGUGUUGCUUACGUUUGCCAUCGGGGUGACUAUGUUCGGCGGCUACAUGUACUACCGCUUCGAGAACACCAUGUCCUUCGACUACACCGGGCUGCAGGACAACAAAAAGGCGGCAGAGGCCUUGGCCGUGCUGCUCGGCCUGAUGCUCUCGGUGUACCUCCUUUGGAUCGUCGUGUUGGGGCUUCGGUCCUGCGGGAGGCUCCGCACGGUCUCCCCCUCCUUCAUCCUGCUGUACUGCAUUACGCUGCUGACCUCCCUGGUGGCGGUGAUCGGGGUGUUCGUGGCGGCCUACUACCCCUACUCCACUUCCGCCGUGGCAUUCGUCGGCAUCCACGGCCUGCUGAACCUUUACGUCUGGACGCUGGCGGCUUGUUUCGCGCCGGUGCGGACGCCCUCCCUGGGGAUGAGGGACAAGCCGGUGUCGAUAGGGGGCACCUCGGCGGUCGCAGGGAGGACGCCGCAGAACCAUCGCGAUGACGAGGAGGAUAUCGCCGGUUGGGAAGACCCAGCCGACGGCGACUUCAAGGGUGUUGAGUUGUGAGGGAGGGAGGGGGGGGGGGCACAGAGGGCAAAAGGCAGAGCGUCUGCGGACCUCUGAGGACAAACAGUUUUUUUGCUUCUGAUCCCCGCCGUUGUGGUGGGGAAGGGUUGACGCGAAUGCCGGCUCUCCCGCUUGUGUAAACUCCUUGCUGCAUUCGUCGGUGUCUUUCUUUUGUUUUUGGUUUGUGUAGGCGAACGAGCGUGACUUAUGGCUAAGCGCGCUUGGUUGUCUGGGUUGUUCUUCCCCCCCCCGUGCGUUGUGUUUUGCGCAAUUGACGUUGCGGGGGGGGUGCUCGAUUCUCCGUGCGCAAGGGCCAAACAGGCUCGAAGCGCCAUGUUUCGUGCGGAAUAUACCCCGAGAACCUACGUUGUAUCAUGAAUUUUGACGGCGCGGCACGGCUGCAAGACCUGCGCGUUUGUCGCCGUGCGUGCGUGCCGUGUGUUCGCGGGAGAGAAUAACGCUUUCUCCCUUCUCUGUGCUUCCCCAAACCGUAGGCCCUAGUGUGCCGUGUCGAUGUGCUUGAUAGUGCUUGUACUUUCUUCCUAUGUUUACGGUAAGAAUUGCCCGCGUCUACAUUCCCUUUCGAUUUUUCUGGAACAGAAGUAUUAGUCAAGUCGUGUCACGUUGGGUCGUGUUCUUGUUGGCUAUUUAGGUAUUUUUUAUCAAUUUUUGUGGAUACGACAGUUGAGGAUCCGUCAGCGUUGGAGCUAUCAUAGAAAUGAAGAUAACACAGAACCUAGCGCUAGUUGCGGAUUCAGACGUGUGGUGACAAGAUCGAUUCUCCGGGGUGCAUGCUUCCCCGCUUUGUUCAAAAUGGGCUCUUUGAUGAUUGGGUUUUUUUCGAACGUGUCUAUAUUGAUUGGCUUGACAUCAGACAUCACGAUUGGGCUUGGUGCGGCUUGUACUCGUUGUCACGUACUUGUGUGCUGUCGGUACUUUUUGAAGGGGGAGGGGGGGAGGGGGGCGAACCGGGUGGAUUGCAUCAAUAGUCGUUUUCUGACUGGGUUCUCGUGGCCGCUGGAACCUUUCUUUCAAAUGGUUCGUAGAGAGAGAGAGAUAGCACCGUUGUCACACAUAGGGGGUGAUGUGAUCCCGGUCCCCCCGCUUAGCAACACGCCUCUCGACGUAAAACUAGAACGAGGGGCAUGCGGAGCAACAUCUCUUGCUGCGGCGUUUUGCCACAGCCCGGUCACAGGCAAUGCAAUAUGAGAUCGAUGGGUUGUUUGCCUCGAUGAGGCGGCGUUAGUCACGCUAUCAGAACCGGUUCAGCUGUGUGCUGCUUGCGGCGAGCACGCAGCAAGUGAACUCGACGCUCCACACGUCACCCUGGUCGUGUUAGCGUAUCUGGGGGAAAUGCUUACCAGAAAAAUGCGACCCCCCUUGGCAGGUGUACACAAGUACCGGUCGAGGCUACAUGCGGCGGCAACACCGCCGUGCUUGUGGACCCACCAGGUAGAGAGUUGACGAAUGUUUUUCGGCUGUUGCUGUCCUUACGAUUUCGGAGCAAAGUUUCCGGGAGGCGUUUGCCGUCGAAGGUCUUGAUUCUACGACAAGACGUGGGCAUCCCGAUAUGGGUGCGAGACCGAUUCAAAGCAACAUCUGCCGGGAUAUUUGGUAGAUGGACCGCCAGGAUUGGGCAUAUGUUUGCUUAAGCCUGGGCCAGGUGGUGGUCUGUGCGGCGGGGGAACUUUGGGACAUGGGAUGGGAUGCGGUGUGUUACGUCUACAUAAUCCCUUUCCUUCGCGGGUUGGUCGUUCGGCGGUACCUUUCAUGGACUAGCGUAUUCAGUGCUUGUGCGUACGUUCUGGUUUGUUUUGCGCCAUGGUUUGGCGUCUCAAUUGGGGGGGGGGGUGUACUCAUUUGGGGGGGGGGGGGUUCGAGCGAGGGUUCGCUCGGGCCUCUUCCUGUCGUAGCGUGUGUAUUUUGUGUAUCCGUGCUACUUUGUUCUUGAUGAAGCUACGUUAAUGUCGUUUGCUGAAAUUGAUGGGUAGGAAGGAUGCCUUCCAUCUCUAGAGUAAUGCUGGCCAGGUGGUCGCAGUCAGCGGACGUAGAGGCGAGCUGUUGGUUCACCUUCGUGGCGGCUAUCUUCGAGAUCCGCGGAUCUGGUACUCAAUCAAUCGUGUUUUGUUUGGUGGAAGUAGGGGCAGUCCUCGAGUCCAAAAGCCGUUGGUUUGGGGGGGAGAGUUGUGUUUAUUCAUUGUUUGGGCGAAUAAAGCACAUGAGUACCCCCCAAGCAUCGCAAGCUUGAGGUCGAAACGAAGUUGAUAGAUAUUGAUAUCACAUUGCUAAAGGCGGCAGACAUGACAAGUGUUGUGUCGGUUUCUUUUGCAAUUGUGUUUGCGUCAAGAGUGGACAACCUGCGACAGAAUUGAGUUAACGAUGACUGACAUGUCCAGCAGGUUGGCCCUUGUAUCGAACAAAGCAGUGUUGCCUUCAUGGAGAGGAGGGCUGAUGUAUGUUGCUCGUAAAUUCGAACAACAGCAGUUUCCUGGAAGGUACUGUAAAAAAUGCCGUCGCUCUU